AGCCGGGCGUCGGAGGCCCUCAGGACGGUCGCAGAGCCCGGAGAUUGAGCGGCUUUGGCGAAGGGGUGGUUAACGAAGUAGGCCUCGGCUUCCGUCGGUCGCUGCUCGGCUCUGCGGCCCCUUUGGACCGCGGAGGAGGUCGCCUUCCCCUCCCGUGGGGCGCUCGGUUGGACUGUGGAAACCGGGGCAACUUCCCCCGUCUUCCCGGCUGGGGCGCCUGCGCGGGCCUCGCGACCCGGCUCGCCAACCCACCUCGGCCCGCACGCCCACCUCGCCUGCGGACCCCGGAGGUGCCUACGCGGACUAGUGACGCCCCACGCCCGCCGGCAACUCCACCCGGCGCUGACCCCCUCAACUCUGCAGGACCCGGCGCGCGAGGACCCCACGACCCGCGGGCGCCUGCGCGGACCCCGCGAGCCCCGGCGCCUGCGCGAGUCCCCGACGCCGCCCCCGCCCCCACUUACCGGGCCCCGCAGCAGGGGCCGGAGCCGCCGGCGGCGGGGCGGGGGGGGCGCCCCGAUGAGCCCCGAGUGCGAGGAGCCGCCGCCCCCCCUCGCAGGUGAGCGGCCCGCGUCGGCCGACCCUAUCUCUCCAGGGCCAGGCGCCCACGUCUUCCCCUCUCCGCGUCCCCUCAGGCUUUUUCCUCUCGGGACCCCCGCGGGUCUUUUCUGCUUCGGAUCCUUUCCCUCCUUCCUUCGGGUUCCCUCUCCACGGCACCCCGUUUCUUCCCCCUCGACCCUCCCCAGUCUCUUAAUCUCUACACCUCAGCUCCGCCGCCACCCUAGUCUCAGUCUCUUGCCCUCCGCCUUUUCCCACUCGCUCUCUGCAGCUGCGCUCCCCAGUCCCUGAGCCUCAGCUCCGCUCUCUUGCCUCUCUGGCCGGUUCCCCGGCCCCCCAGCAGUCUUUCCCCUGGUUACCCUGGACUUUGCCCGCUUACACCCUUCCCUCUCGCCCCGAUCUCUGCCCCGCCACCUCUUCCGUGGCGCAGCCUCCUUAGAUCCCCGGAGCUCAGGACUGGAGGAGCGGGGCUUGUUUUCACCUUCACCGACCCUCUCCCGCCUCCCGCUUCUUGUGCGAGGGACCUGGGAGCGGGGCUUCUCUGGAGCAGCCACCACUCGGGCCUGCUUCAGUGAGAUGAAGCCUGCUGAGGGCAGGCAGGGAGCCUGGCGCUGGGCACCGAGGAGGGGGCAUCAGCCCUAGGCCCUGCCCUGGAGGUGGAGCCGGUCCCUGGAGGGGGUACAAAGGCAGAGCCGGACAGUCACCAUUCCUGCGUGUUGUGAUCGAGGGCGCCAUGUUUUGGAAGUUUGACCUGCACACAAGCUCGCACCUGGACACGCUGCUGGAGCGGGAGGACCUGAGCCUGCCCGAGCUGCUGGACGAGGAAGACGUGCUGCAGGAGUGCAAGGUCGUCAACCGCAAGCUGCUGGACUUCCUGCUGCAGCCACCCCACCUGCAAGCAAUGGUGGCCUGGGUCACCCAGGAGCCGCCAGAUAGCGGUGAGGAGCGGCUGCGCUACAAGUACCCCAGUGUGGCCUGCGAGAUUCUGACCUCAGACGUGCCCCAGAUCAAUGACGCCCUGGGUGCUGAUGAGUCCCUUCUGAACCGGCUCUACGGCUUCCUGCAGAGCACCGGCAGCCUCAACCCACUGCUGGCCAGCUUCUUCAGCAAGGUCAUGGGCAUCCUCAUCAACCGCAAGACAGACCAGCUCGUGUCCUUUCUUCGGAAGAAGGAUGACUUCGUGGACCUGCUGCUGCAGCACAUUGGCACCUCGGCCAUCAUGGACCUCCUGCUGCGCCUGCUCACCUGUGUGGAGCGGCCUCAGCUGAGGCAGGACGUUGUCAAUUGGCUCAACGAGGAGAAGAUCGUCCAGCGGCUGAUUGAGCAGAUCCACCCGUCGAAGGAUGAGAAUCAACAUUCCAACGCAUCCCAGUCCCUGUGUGACAUCAUCCGCCUGAGCCGGGAGCAGAUGAUCCAAGUCCAGGACAGCCCAGAGCCUGACCAACUGCUGGCCACCCUGGAGAAGCAGGAGACGAUUGAGCAGCUCUUAAGCAACAUGUUCGAGGGGCAGCAGAGCCAGUCUGUCAUCGUCAGUGGGAUCCAGGUGCUGCUGACCCUGCUGGAGCCCAGGAGGCCGAGGUCCGAGUCCGUGACCGUGAACAACUUCUUCAGCAGUGUGGAUGGGCAGCUGGAGCUCCUGGCCCAGGGGGCCCUGGAAAGCACUGUGUCCAGUGUGGGUGCCUUGCACGCCCUACGCCCGCGGCUCAGCUGCUUCCACCAGCUCCUACUGGAGCCUCCCAAGCUGGAGCCGCUACAGAUGACGUGGGGCGUGCUGGCUCCGCCUCUGGGCAACACGCGGCUGCACGUGGUCAAGCUCCUGGCCAGUGCCCUGAGCGCCAAUGAUGCAGCCCUGACGCACGAGCUCCUGGCACUGGACGUGCCCAACACCAUGCUGGACCUCUUCUUCCAUUAUGUCUUCAACAACUUCUUGCACGCCCAAGUAGAGGGGUGCGUGAGCACCAUGCUGAGCCUGGGGCCGCCUCCUGACAGCAGCCCUGAGACGCCCAUCCAAAACCCUGUUGUGAAACAUCUGCUGCAGCAGUGCCGCCUGGUGGAGCGGAUCCUGACGUCCUGGGAGGAGAACGACCGUGUACAGUCUGCGGGAGGCCCUCGGAAAGGCUACAUGGGCCACCUGACAAGAGUGGCCAACGCCCUGGUGCAGAACACGGAGAAGGGGCCCAAUGCAGAGCAGCUGGGGCAGCUGCUGAAGGAGCUGCCCAGCGAGCAGCAGGAGCAGUGGGAAGCCUUUGUAUCGGGGCCCCUGGCGGAGACCAACAAGAAGAACAUGGUGGACCUGGUGAACACCCACCACCUACACUCCUCCAGUGACGAUGAGGACGACCGGCUCAAGGAGUUCAACUUCCCUGAGGAGGCUGUGCUGCAGCAGGCCUUCAUGGACUUCCAGAUGCAGCGCAUGACCUCUGCCUUCAUUGACCACUUUGGCUUCAAUGAUGAGGAGUUUGGAGAGCAGGAGGAGAGUGUGAACGCACCUUUUGACAAGACAGCCAACAUCACCUUCUCCCUCAAUGCUGACGAUGAGAACCCCAACGCCAACCUACUUGAGAUAUGCUACAAGGACCGCAUCCAGCAGUUUGAUGAUGAUGAGGAAGAGGAGGACGAGGAAGAGGCCCAGGGCUCAGGGGAGUCUGAUGGAGAAGAUGGCGCCUGGCAGGGCAGCCAGCUGGCCAGGGGGGCCCGUCUGGGCCAGCCCCCUGGUGUCCGGAGUGGAGGCAGCACAGACAGUGAGGACGAAGAAGAGGAGGACGAGGAGGAGGAGGAAGACGAGGAGGGCAUUGGCUGUGCAGCCCGUGGAGGGGCCACCCCCCUGUCCUACCCCAGCCCUGGCCCUCAGCCUCCAGGCCCCAGCUGGACAGCCACCUUUGACCCAGUGCCUACAGAUGCCCCGACCAGCCCCCGAGUCUCCGGGGAGGAAGAGCUGCACACUGGGCCUCCAGCCCCACAGGGGCCCCUCAGUGUGCCCCAGGGCCUCCCCACUCAGAGUCUGGCCAGCCCUCCUGCCCAUGAAGCUCUGCAGCUCAGGUCUCAGGACCCCACACCCCCUUCAGCACCUCAGGAAGCCACAGAAGGCAGCAAAGUCACGGAGUCCUCAGCCCCUUGCCAGGCCUUGGUUAGCAUUGGGGACCUUCAGGCCACCUUCCACGGGAUCCGUUCUGCCCCCAGCUCCUCGGACAGUGCAACCAGAGACCCCUCUACCUCUGUCCCAGCCUCCGGGGCCCACCAGCCCCCCCAGACCACAGAAGGGGAGAAGAGCCCAGAGCCCUUGGGGCUUCCCCAAAGCCAGAGUGCCCAGGCCCUCACGCCUCCUCCGAUACCCAAUGGCUCUGCCCCGGAAGGGCCUGCAUCCCCAGGCUCCCAAUAGCUGCCUGGUGCGGCAGCGGCGGCCAAAUCUUCCGUCCUCCCGUGGAUCUCCCAGGGUGGGGGCAGGGCGGGUCCCACGAUGGCCCCCAUUGCCCUCAUCACCCUGACACCCCCACAUUCUCUCCUCUGGACCCCCAGGAGGCUGGUGCCAGGGAGACAGGCCCAACCCACCCCCAUUUGCACUGAGAAGAGAAGUUUUGGAGCGUUGCCUCCUAGAAUAAAGAUACAGAGAGUCAAAUAGAGAGAAUGGAGAGAGAGAAGCAUAUAUUAUAUAUUAUCUAGAGAGAGGGAGGAGAGCGAGAGAGAGUGAGGACACCGAACUGGGCUGGCGGCUCCAAAGCACAGCCUUCCCUGUUCCGUCCCAGCGGGAGCUGGUGUUAGGGGUCCCAAGGUUGCCACCCACGUGCCCAGCUGUCCCACGCUCCAGCGCAGACGGCCACGCCCACACCCGGCCUUUUAGCUCAGGUCCACCAUGGGGGACGGCCCAGCGUGGGUGGGGGUGCCAGAGGGUCCCGAGUGGGGGCCGUGCCUUUGCCCAGACCCUGCACUUUCAACCAGGCCAGUCCGGCUCUGGGGAGCAGGGGCCUCCCCGGCAACACCCCCAGGGGCCUUGAGGGUCUGAGGUCCCAGCCCUGUUGCCAAGUGGCCUUGUCCCCAGCUCCCUCCUCCCAGGCUGGUGUGAGUGUGCGUGCGUUUGUGCCGAGCUUCUAUUUCAUAUUGCAAAUAUAAAUAAAGGAAGGCAGUUUACGA